CAUACAACCCAACACUAGGCGCAGUUUGGGCACUGAUGCCUGUGCCCUAUGUCCUGACCUUCUUCUUAGGUGAGUGGAACCCACUUAUGAAACAAGAACAAAGAGAGCCACAGCAGGACGUGUGCAAUGCAAGUACAAAGCACUCAAAGCAUGCUCUGGGUCGAUUAGAAUAGAAGCGUGUCCGUUUGGUCAUGCAGGUAUUUUUUACAUGAUUUUAGUUCAGGCUUCAUUUGAUUGGAUGCAACUGUGCGGGUCGGAUUGGUGCUUGUUAUCCUCACAUUCCAGGGGUGGACUUUUAAAUAGAAACAAAAAGUUGAUGUCAGCUUUAAUGAGCCUAACAACACAGCUUAGCCCCCUCCAGUGUUUGGAAGAAGAAAGUUUAACAUUUGUAUGCUUCAUUUUACACCCAGGAGGAGCUAAUGAAGGUCCUGUGGUACAAUGACCUUUGGGUACGAGAGGUGCUAUUGUUAGAGGAAGUCAGUCUAAACUGAAAUCUAUGAGAGAACUAUGGAAAUAUGAUAGAGAUGUGAGCAGCUAUAGGUUUAGUAUUUUAACCAUAAUCACCUUAAGUUAUCCACAGUGUGUAAAAUGCAUUAAUAAAAUGAGUGUCUGUCUGCAGCAGAAGUGUUACUGACCGCCGUCCGUGCAACUCCCUUUCCCGCAGACCCCGUUUGACUGCACCAAUAAAAGUGUUGCUCGUGUUAAAAAUAGUACUGUAGUAAAUCAGUUUAGUAUUUUAACUGGAGGCAACAGGUGCAAACAGAUGAGUAUACCCCUAAGCUUGGGUUGCCUUCUUGUGAAUUCACCAAAUUGACAAACUCAGCAGGGCAUCCGGCAUCCAUACACAUUUGUGACAUGUUCAGUCAUCGGCACUCGGGCACCUCUUUCACAAUAGCCCUCAGAUCGUGAGAGUAAUGUGAACUGGAGCCUCUUAUCAGGAAAUACAACAUGCCUCAUUGUUGGCCUUAUGGCCCCAUGGGUUUGUCUGAAGGUGUUUAUUAUGCUAUCUGGGGGGAGAACUUGUUUUUUUCUAUUGUUCAAAAGCGUUCAUUCUUUCACUCGGCCACUAAAUCGCUUCCUUUCUCUCUCGUUAAUGAAAGAUAUAUGUAAAUGAUGUAUCCUAAACUUGACAACAUUUUCAAGGAGGUAAUCAGAUGUGUUGCUAAAUCCCUUUCCUCCUCCUGCAGGUGGCUUUUUCUUUGCCAAGCCAAUGAGAGAGAACAAGUAUGUGACAAUGAUGGAUCCUUUCCAAAAGAAGUAUGGGAAUGUCCUUGCAAGUGCACUGAUCUUUCCUGCACUGGUUGCAGACGUGCUGUGGGUGGCACGCACACUUGUCAGCCUGGGCUGCGGCUGGGGGGACCCUGGCAAUGUGGCAGAAGAGACGGUGAAGGUGGAACCAUGAGCGUGAUCCUGGACCUGCCCUAUGUCUACUCCAUCAUCAUCUCCUCAGUGGUGGCCAUAAUCUACACACUGCUGGGGGGGCUCUACUCUGUGGCUUACACAGACGUCAUCCAGCUGAUCCUCAUCUUCAUCAGCCUGUGGGUGUGCGUCCCUUUCAUGAUGACCAACCCUCACUCUGUGGACAUCUCGCUGACUGCAUACAACGUAACUUUCCAGGCUCCUUGGGUCGGCACCGUGGAGCUCGAUGAGGCGGGCAAGUGGUUCGAUGACUUCAUGCUGCUGGCUCUGGGCGGUUUGGCCUACCAGGCGUUCUACCAAAGGAUCCUGUCCUCCUCAUCUUACACCCAGGCUCAAGUGACCUGCUUCGCCUCUUCGGCCUGCUGCCUGGUGCUCGGUAUCCCCUCAGUCCUGAUCGGGGCCGUGGCUGCAUCUACAGAUUGGAACUCAACCUCUUAUGGAUUGCCCACCCCGUACGAGCGCGACCAGGCAGGAUCCAUCCUCCCCAUCGCUCUGCAGUACCUCACACCCCCCUACGUCUCUGUCAUUGGCAUUGGGGCUGUAGCUGCUGCUGUCAUGUCCUCCAUGGACUCGGCCCUGCUAUCCUCUGCCUCAUUGUUCUCCUCAAAUAUCUACAAGAACAUCAUCAGGAAGCAGGCUUCAGACUGUGAGAUGCAGUGGGUCAUCCGUAUCUCCGUGGUGGUCGUGGGUCUGGCUGGCACCGGCCUCACCUUCCUGGACAGUAGCGUCCUGGUGUUCUGGCUUGUUGGCGUGGACAUGUCCUACACCAUAAUGUUCCCUCAGCUGGUCUGCAUCCUCUUCUUCAAGGUCUCCAACGGUUACGGCGCCAUCGUGGGCUACAUAAUGGGGCUCGUCAUGAGGAUCCUGAGCGGCGAGCCCCUCAUUGGCCUCCCACCAGCCAUCCAGUUCCCCGGCUGCCGGCUGGACAAGGAGGGAAAGCUAACCCAGUACUUUCCCUUCCGUACCGCCAUCAUGCUCAUCUCUCUAAUGUCUAUUCUCCUUGUUUCAUUGUUGGCGUCCAUCAUUUUCAACAAGGGCCUGCUGCCGGAGAAGUGGGAUGUGUUUAAUGUCAAACGCAGGCAGAGAGCAACAUCCAAGGUCGCACACGUUAAGAGGACCAACUCAGAAAAGGAAGGGGCUGCCGUGGCCAAACAGCUGCUGGACACCACCAGCUGCUGAGAAGUCUCACAACAAGGGGGAGAAAGGGUGGGCGCCGGCUGGAGGCAUGUUUGUCUGCCGGCUGGGCACGAUUUCACAGAGGGGGAACAGCAGCAAAGGCUGGAUGCUUUAUACAGUUUGUACAACACUGCUGACACAACAGCAGCAGAUAUGAGCUGAGCUCUCUGGUACCCGACCUAUGAGCUGUUGUCUUCUAAAGAAAAUACAGUAAAAAAAAAAAUAGGCUUCCUGGCUAAAAGCCAUAAACCUGUGUCGUAUAACUAGCCACAAUAUUAACAUUCACACAGACCCAGAAUAAAAUGUUGCAGUUUGUGCUGCAUUCUAUUUAAAUCAUUAGUCAUUACUUAAAAUGGAAACAAAUUACAUACAGUUCAUUAAAACCAUUUCAUUUUUUCUU